GUCUCGUGUUCGUCCUCCAAUAGCCUCAAGCUAGAUCAAGCUCUAGUCUGGAUACUAGAAGCUCUGGCCCCUGGAUCAGUGCUUGAGAUAUGCCUGGCUGCACGAUAAAAACGGCACCCCGCUUCACCCUCAAUCUCUCGCUCACGAAUCCUACUUUCCGACUUCCCGACCUCUACUCGACAGCCAAGCUAUUCGGGUUCGGCCUGAAGAUCUUCCACCCAUGGAAUAACCACGAAGUCGACAAAGAAGAGGAUGACGAGGUGUCGGAACGGGAGACUUGGGAGUUUGUGCAUUCGGGGAGGAGCGCGUUCGUCAUAAUAGGGUUUACGGACGAGGAUGGCAGAGAGGUCCGGGAUCUGGAACGAUGUCUCCGAUAUUGUCGGCAAUUAGGGGAACGCUGUAUCAUGAUCAAAUCAAUACACCAGCUAUUUCACCACGCCCCGACCCUCCCUAAACUGCACGAACACCUCGAACAGACUAAACGGAACGACGUUCACCUAUGGAAACCGGAUAACGAGGAAAAGGGCUCCUUCGCUUUUGAUGUACAGCGGAUAGGGAAGAGGAGGUCUCAGUCGGCGACGAGGACGAUCGUAGAAUCGUUUGCUUAUAUGGCUAUGACGACGCCGAUCCGGAUGAAAGACCCCGAGGUGCUUUACACUUAUUUCGAGGAAUACGAAGACGCCCAAGCCCAAGAACGCGCCCAACUCCUCUCCGGCCAGCUCGAACAGACCCGUCUGGACAUCCCGUUUGCGAGCGAAAAGGACAAAAAGGUCGUCCAGAUCGAUUACGAAGAGGGCAAGUUUGUAGGAGGGGGGAAUUUGGGGUUCUUGAGGCAGAUAUAUUUCGGGAGGUUGGUCUGUGAGGGAUCAGCGAGGCUGUUGAUCAAAAAGUUCGAAGUCAAGGAACGAGCCUUUUAUGGGAACACGUCGAUGGAGAGCGAGAUGAGCUUGCUGAUGGCCGGACAGACGCUGUCUUCUGCGGGAAAGUCCGUCUACGAUCCGUUUGCGGGGACGGGGAGCUUGCUUUACACCUGUGCGCACUGGGGAUCGAUGGUCAUCGGGAGCGAUAUCGAUGGCAGGCAAAUGCGUGGGAAGGACGCAUCUGGUCCAGGUGUCUUCCGUGCUGCGACGAAAUACGGCUUACGGAAUCGGAUACUGGAUUGCUUGACGUUCGACGUGACGAGGAACGGGUGGAGGCGGGGCGGGCUAUUCGACGCGAUCAUUACUGAUCCUCCAUAUGGUGUGCGAGCUGGAGCGAAGCGGUUGGGAAGAAACGAAAAGAACGGCCGGAUGCAGAAGGACGAGCCGGUCCUGAUGCCGGACGGUACUUACUCUCACCUGCAACCGGGGUACAUACCCGUCUCGAGACCUUACGAGAUGACCGACCUCGUGUACGACCUCGUCCUCUUCGGGCGGUGGAUGCUCGUACCCGGUGGUCGACUGGUGUUCUUCCUGCCGACGGUCACGGAAGAUUGGGACGAUCUGGACGUGCCUGUUGUACAGGGGAUGAAGGAGAUCAAGUUCUGUAGCGGGUCGUCGCAGGAUUUCGGGCGGUGGAGUCGACGGCUGAUCACGAUGGAAAAGACCGACAGCGAGACUUACCCUCGCCCAGACUUUUUACCGGUCGAGAUGGAGAAAGUACCGGGGCAUCAUAAUUUCCCACAACGGUUCAUGGAGGGUUUCGAUCCUAGACCUAGACCUGGUCAGGCGAACGAGUCGGCGUAAUCAUAAUUACAAUGGAGGAGGUAUCGCUUGCGAUAUGAAAUCGCUCGAUGGCCACUUUGGCGCUGUGGUCUGCUCAAAUGUCUAGGCGAUGCAACGCGGUCGGUCAGAGUGUGCUUGGUCUCACCUGAACCUCACCUCUUCACCCUUCAACAUCAUACUCUCCACGCCGUUCUGCGCAUGGAGAUGCUUCAAACAUGAUGCAUACGAUCGAGUGGGAGCUUGUUGACCCAGUUACAUUUGAGUCACGUGACUGCUACACGCACGAGUUGACCUCGAGAGCCUCUCCACUUGGUCUUUGAUCUUGAGAAAAUUCGAUUCUCUAUCCAGACUGUAAUAGCACCCUGGCUCGCUUUAUACUUGAUCUACAGUGCUGUUAUCA